GGCUCUUCAGAUACUCUGGAGGAGCGCAACGCCUGGUUCGGACCAGCCCUGGGGAGAACUUUGGUUUUCUGGAGCUCAGAACAUUUCUGGACAAUGAGUUGAGUCUGUCACGCACGGGUUCGCACCUUUUUAUUGUGGGCUUGAUCAGUGCGCUGCCGACCUCCUCCCGCACCUGCUGGGGUGCAUCCCAGAGACCCCCAGCCCCUGCGCGCUAAGCAAGCGGGUGCCCCGGAGCGCAAGACAUGCAGGCGCUCAACAUCACCCCGGAGCAGUUCUCGCGGCUGCUGCGGGACCACAACCUGACGAGGGAGCAGUUCAUCGCCCUGUAUGGGCUGCGGCCGCUCGUCUACACCCCGGAGCUGCCUGCGCGCGCCAAGCUAGCCUUCGUGCUCACCGGUGUGCUCAUUUUCGUCCUGGCGCUUUUUGGCAACGCGCUGGUGGUCUACGUGGUGACCCGCAGCAAAGCCAUGCGCACCGUCACCAACAUCUUCAUCUGCUCGCUGGCGCUCAGCGACCUGCUGAUCACCUUCUUCUGCAUCCCGGUCACGAUGCUGCAGAACGUCUCGGACAACUGGCUGGGGGGUGCCUUCAUUUGCAAGAUGGUUCCUUUUGUCCAAUCUACUGCUAUUGUGACAGAAAUUCUCACAAUGACCUGCAUUGCUGUGGAAAGGCACCAGGGGCUCGUUCACCCCUUCAAGAUGAAGUGGCAGUACACCAACCAAAGAGCUUUUAAAAUGCUAGGUGUUGUCUGGUUGGUGGCAGCCAUCGUCGGCUCACCCAUGUGGCACGUGCAACGACUAGAGAUCAAGUAUGACUUCUUGUAUGAAAAAGAACACGUCUGUUGCUUGGAAGAGUGGGCCAGCCCUGUGCACCAGAAAAUCUAUACCACCUUCAUCCUUGUCAUCCUUUUCCUUCUGCCUCUUAUGGUGAUGCUUGUCCUAUACAGUAAAAUUGGUUAUGAACUUUGGAUCAAGAAAAGAGUGGAAGAUGGUUCAGUGCUUCGAACUAUCCACGGCAAAGAAAUGUCCAAAAUAGCCAGGAAGAAGAAGCGAGCUGUUGUCAUGAUGGUGACAGUGGUGGCUCUCUUUGCUGUGUGCUGGGCUCCCUUCCACAUUGUCUACAUGAUGAUUGAAUACAGUAAUUUUGAAAAGGAAUAUGAUGAGGUCACAAUCAAGAUGAUGUUUGCUAUAGUGCAAAUAAUUGGAUUUUCCAACUCCAUCUGUAAUCCCAUUGUCUAUGCAUUUAUGAAUGAAAACUUCAAGAAAAAUUUUCUGUCUGCAGUUUGCUAUUGUGUAGUAAAAGAAACCUUGUCACCAGCACGGAGGCAUGGAAACUCAGGAAUUACAAUGACACAGAAGAAAGGGAGGUUAUCUCAGAGAGAGAACACAGUAGAGGAGAUAAGAGAAGCAUUCAGCUAUGGCAACAUUGAGGUCAACUUGUGUGAACAGCCAGAGGGGGAAAAAAAUCUCAAGUGACAUCUUGUCUUCUUCGGUUCUGAACUCUAUGAGAAUUCAGUUUUAGGCAGUGGGCAUUAA